GCUGCGUAGUGCGCAGGCGCCCCAAGGGCUGCCAACCGAAUUAGCAAUGGACGCGCUGGAGUCGUUGUUGGACGAGGUGGCUCUGGAAGGUCUCGAUGGCCUUUGUCUGCCCGCGCUAUGGAGCCGUCUGGAGACGCGAGUGCCACCCUUCCCGCUGCCUUUGGAGCCCUGCACGCAGGAGUUUCUAUGGCGGGUCCUUGCCACACACCCGGGCAUCGGCUUCUAUGAGGAGCCACGGGAGCGACCCGACCUCCAGCUCCAGGAUCGGUAUGAAGAAAUUGAUUUGGAAACUGGAAUCCUGGAGUCCAGGAGGGACCCAAUCCCGCUGGAGGAUGUCUACCCCAUUCACAUGAUCUUAGAGAACAAGGACGGCAUCCAGGGCUCAUGCCGGUAUUUUAAGGAGAGGAAGAACAUUACCAAUGACAUCAGGACCAAGUCUUUGCAGCCUCGCUGUACAAUGGUGGAGGCCUUUGGAAGGUGGGGGAAGAAACUGGUCAUCGUUGCCUCCCAGGACAUGCGCUAUAGGGCCCUGAUAGGCUUGGAGGGGGACCCUGACCUGAAGCUCCCCGACUUCUCCUACUGCAUUCUGGAGCGAUUAGGCCGGUCCAGGUGGCAAGGGGAGCUCCAGCGAGACCUUCACAGCACUGCUUUCAAGGUUGAUGCCGGGAAGCUGCACUAUCACAGAAAAAUCCUGAACAAAAACGGGCUCAUUACGAUGCAGUCCCAUGUGAUUCGAUUGCCCACAGGAGCCCAGCAGCACUCAAUCCUCCUCCUCCUGAACCGGUUCCACGUGGACAGGAGGAGCAAAUACGACAUCCUCAUGGAGAAGCUUUCAGUUGUGCUGAGCUCACGGAGUAACCACAUAGAGACUCUAGGGAAGCUGAGGGAGGAGCUGGGGCUGUGUGAAAGGACGUUUAAGCGUCUGUACCAGUACAUGUUGAAUGCUGGACUGGCUAAAGUGGUGUCCCUUCCAUUACAAGAAAUUCACCCUGAAUGUGGACCUUGUAAGACAAAGAAAGGGACCGAUGUCAUGGUUCGGUGCCUCAGGCUGCUGAAGGAAUUUAAACGGAAGGUUGAAGACGACCACGACCAGGAUGACGAUGAAGAAGAGGAGGUCAUCUCCAAGGCUGUGCCACCGGUGGACAUUGUGUACGAGCGAGACAUGCUCACGCAGACCUACGAACUCAUUGAACGCAGAGGCACUAAAGGAAUUUCUCAAGCUGAAAUCCGAGUGGCUAUGAAUGUGGGAAAACUGGAAGCAAGAAUGCUAUGUCGCCUUCUUCAAAGAUUCAAAGUUGUCAAGGGAUUCAUGGAAGACGAAGGUCGGCAACGGACCACCAAGUACAUCUCCUGCGUUUUUGCAGAAGAGAGUGAUCUCAGCCGGCAGUAUGAGAGAGAGAAAGCGCGCAGCGAGCUCCUGACCACAGUGAGCUUGGCCUCGGUGCAGGAGGAAUCCCUUCCACCCGAGGGGGAGGACACGUUCCUUUCCGAGUCGGACAGUGAGGAGGAGAGCAGCAGCAGCGGCAGCAAGAGGAAAGGCAGAGGCUCGCAGGGAGACACGAAGUCCUCGGCGAGUCUCGGUCUCGGGACUCAGCCUCACCAUUCCAGUCCCACCAAGGGUGGGUGGAAAGUCCUGAACCUACACCCAUUGAAGAAGCAGCCGUCUUCCUCCCCAGCAGCUGCCGAGGAGAGAGCCUGCCAGACUGCCGUCAGCGCAGACAGCCUCUUGGAUACCAGCAGCUCCUCAGAGGCCAACAUGUCCUUUGGCGCCCACUGCAUGGAGAAUAAUAGUGGGGACAUUGCUGUGAUCGAAGAGGUCAGGCUUGAAAACCCAAAGGAGAGUAGCAGUUCCCAGAAGACUGGGAAGCAUGGCCCGGGCCAAGACAAACCCCAUGAGACUUACCGAUUGCUGAAACGCAGGAAUCUGAUUAUAGAAGCCGUCACCAAUCUCCGCUUAAUUGAGAGCUUAUUCACGAUUCAGAAAAUGAUCAUGGAUCAGGAGAAGCAGGAAGGUGUGUCCACCAAAUGUUGUAAGAAGUCCAUUGUUCGCUUGGUGCGGAACCUGUCUGAGGAAGGGCUCUUGCGACUGUACCGAACUACAGUUAUUCAAGAUGGCAUCAAGAAGAAGGUGGAUCUGGUGGUUCACCCAUCCAUGGACCAGAAUGACCCUCUCGUGAGAAGUGCCAUUGAGCAGGUCCGCUUCCGGAUCUCCAAUUCCAGCACAGCAAACAGGGUUAAAGUUUCCCGGCCACCAGCACUCCAAGGGGAAGCAGAAGAAGAAAGUGAAGGAAAAGUGGGCCCAAGUGGAUCAGGAGACUCUCAGUCAAAUGCUUCCUCUAAACCUGAAAGUGGACAAGUGAAGAAAACUGAGGAGAAAAUGGGCAUAACCCAGCUUAAAAAUUACAACCCCGUUGUAGUUCCUGGACUUGGGCGUUCUCUGGGGUUCCUGCCCAAAAUGCCUCGCCUGCGGAUGGUCCACAUGUUUCUGUGGUACCUGAUCUAUGGGCACCCCGACAGCAACGCAGUGGAGAGGCCAGGCCUCGGCAGUGAAAGAAGAACCGGAAAGCCGGUACUCAGCAGGGCAGGAGCCCAGCCCAUCUCCAGAAGUGACUUGGAGGCCUCCUCCAAUGCCCUGUCCAAAGACAGCCAAGAUGGUACCACCUGGGAGGCUGAAGUGGAGCUCGCCACAGAGACAGUUUAUGUGGAUGAAGACUCAUGGAUGCGCUACGUCCCCCCCAUCCCAGUCCAUAGGGACUUUGGCUUCGGCUGGGCUCUCGUCGGCGACAUUCUCCUCUGCCUGCCCCUCUCCAUCUUCAUCCAGAUUGUACAAGUCAGUUACAAGGUGGACAACCUUGAGGAGUUUCUGAACAACCCUCUGAAGAAGCACACACUGAUCCGGUUUCUCCCCAGGCCUAUCCGACAGCAGCUUCUAUACAAGAGACGGUACAUCUUUUCAGUAGUGGAGAACCUCCAGAGGCUGUGCUACAUGGGUCUGCUACAGUUUGGUCCCACAGAAAAGUUCCAGGAUAAAGAUCAGGUCUUUAUUUUCUUGAAGAAGAAUGCGGUCAUUGUUGACACCACCAUCUGUGACCCUCAUUACAACCUCGCCCGUAGCAGCCGGCCCUUCGAAAGGCGUCUCUAUGUCCUGAACUCAAUGCAAGACGUGGAGAACUAUUGGUUUGAUCUGCAGUGUGUCUGCCUCAAUACUCCAUUAGGUGUGGUACGUUACCCGCGAGUCAGGAAGAACAGCAGCGCAGAUCAGGGCAGUGACGAGGAGGGCAGCCUGCAGAAGGAGCAGGAGAGCGCCAUUGACAGGCACAACCUGGAGCGCAAGUGCGCCAUGAUGGAGUACAGCACGGGGAGUCGUGAGGUCGUGGAUGAAGGCUUGAUCCCUGGAGAUGGGCUGGGAGCUGCUGGACUCGACUCCAGUUUCUAUGGACACUUAAAGCGCAACUGGAUCUGGACCAGCUAUAUCAUCAACAAGGCCAAAAAGGAGAACACUGCCUCAGAGAGUGGGCUCACGAUGAGGCUUCAGACGUUUCUGUCCAAGCGCCCCUUGCCCCUGGGUGCUGGAGGCAGUGGCAGGUUGAAUAUUUGGGGAGACAUGAGAGCAGCAGCUGAGCUCUGUGCCGACAGGGAAGAGCAGUUUAAGAUUGACCGAGAGCCCACGCUGGACAGGAACAGGAGAGUGAGGGGUGGGAAGAGCCAGAAGCGGAAGCGGCUGAAGAAGGACCCCGGGAAGAAGACCAAGAGGAAGAAAAAAGAAGAGCUCCCAGAAGAAAAAAGCAAGCGGCUGCGCUACCACGACGAGGCCGACCAGAGCGCCCUGCAGAGGAUGACCCGGCUGCGCGUGACCUGGUCCAUGCAGGAAGACGGGCUGCUCAUGCUGUGCCGCAUCGCCAGCAACGUCCUCAACACCAAGGUGAAGGGCCCAUUUGUUCCCUGGCAGGUUGUACGGGACAUCUUGCAUGCUACUUUUGAAGAGUCUUUGGAUAAAACAUCUCACUCAGUCGGACGAAGAGCGCGCUACAUCAUCAAAAAUCCACAAGCCUAUCUGAACUAUAAAGUUUGCCUAGCCGAGGUGUACCAGGAUAAAGCACUUGUUGGUGAUUUUAUGAAUCGAAAGUGUGACUAUGAAGACCCAAAGGUUUGUGCCAGUGAGUUUAAAGAAUUUGUGGGGAAGCUUAAAGAAAAGUUCAGUUCAGCCCUAAAGAAUCCUAACCUUGAAAUCCCAGACACACUCCAGGAGCUGUUUGCCAGAUACCAAGUUUUAGCAAUUGGAGAUGAAAAAGAUCAAAUCAGGAAAGAAGAUGAGCUUAAUAGUGUGGACGAUAUCCACUUUCUGGUGCUCCAGAACCUAAUCCAGAGCACACUGGCCCUCUCCGACAGCCAGAUGAAGUCCUGUCAGUCAUUUCAGACUUUCCGCCUCUACCAGGAGUACAAGGACCAGAUUCUCCUGAAGGCCUUCAUGGAGUGCCAGAAAAGGAGCCUGGUCAACCGCCGCCGGGUCAACCACACCCUGGGCCCCAAGAAAAACCGGGCCUUGCCCUUUGUGCCAAUGUCGUACCAGCUCUCCCAGACCUACCACAGGAUUUUUACUUGGCGAUUUCCAAGCACCAUCUGCACAGAAUCAUUCCAGUUCUUUGACAGACUCCGGGCUGCUGGCCAGCUGGACCAGCCUGAUAAUUUUUCCUUCAAAGACCAGGAUAAUAACAACUCCGCAAAUGACCUGGUGGCAUUUUCUUUGGAUAGCCCUGGAGGGCAUUGCGUGGCUGUCCUAACCCUUUUCUCCUUGGGCCUCCUUUCUGUGGAUGUCCGGAUCCCAGAACAGAUCGUAGUGGUGGACAGUUCCAUGGUGGAGAAUGAGGUCAUUAAAAGCUUGGGAAAGGACGGGGCCUUGGAAGAUGAUGAGGACGAAGAGGAGGACUUGGAUGAAGGCUCAGGGGGCAAGCGCAGGAGCAUUGAGGUGAAAGCCCGCCAGGCCUCGCACACCAACUACCUACUGAUGCGGGGCUAUUACUCCCCUGGCAUCGUCAGCACCCGCAACCUCAACCCCAACGACAGCAUAGUGGUGAACUCCUGCAAGGUGAAGUUCCGGCUCCGCUGCUCCCCCGUGCCCACCCACCUUGGGCCCACUGCCAUUUCCCUGGCAGAACUGACAGUGGGAACCUCCUGUCUCCCUGACACUUUCACCAGACUGAUAAACACCCAAGAAAGCACCUGCAGCUUGGACGAGUUUGUCCACCAGGUGGAGCUGUCUGGGUACAAACCUGAAGAUGUGUCUGCCGCCUUGGUGGUCCAGAGCGCCAUCGCGGCCACGGGUUGCUUUGGGGUUGACAGGGAGGAGCUGAGCAGACAGUUCUCCGCCUUUGGGAAGACAGAUGGCGAGCGCACCAGGACGAUCACAGACUACAUCCAGGACCUCUUGGAGCGACACCAGGUGCUGGAAGUUGGCGGCAACACUGUUCGCCUGGUGACCAUGGCUUCUGCCCAGCCCUGGCUGCUACACUCGGUUCAUCUAAAAGGCAGUGAGGAUGCCGACAGUCAGAGAGAAGGCUCCCCAGCCAGGCCCCUGGAGGGGCCUUCCAGCGAGGAAAGCCCCUCUGAGGGGCAGGCCCCACCUUCUCAGGGCCCCCAGAGCACCAAGAGAUGUGCCAGCUCGGCCAGCACAGACCCCGCCAGUCAGGGCAGGGAGACUGACUCAGAGAGCAUCCAGGAGCCCCCCGCAAAGAAGCCCAUGCUCCAGGACGUGCGCUUGGCCCCCAGCCCCGGGCUCAGAGCAGGAGAGGGGGCAGAAACCCAGGUCCCUGCUCUGCCUGUAACCCCCAAAGACACAGGUGAGGGGGGCCCUCCCCCAGGAGCAUUGGAGGCUGGGCAGGAGGACCAGGAGGAUGUCGGGACACCCAGCUCCCCCGGCCAAGAGCAGCUGAGCUGUUGGGCUGAACUUCCAGAAGGCUGUGAAGACCCCAGAGGUAGUACAGAGAGCUCUGUGGCCGGCAGCCUCUGCCAAGCAGCACGGGAAGGGGACUGCGAGAGCAUCUGCUUCGUGGGCCGUCCGUGGCGCAUUGUGGACGGCCACCUGAACACGCCGGUGUGCAAGGGCAUGCUGGAGGCCGUGCUGUACCACAUUAUGACCCGGCCUGGAGUCCCCGAGAGCGCCCUGCUGCAGCACUACCAGGGCGUCCUGCAGCCUGUCGCCGUGCUCGAGCUCCUCCAGGGUCUGGAAUUCCUCGGCUGCAUUAAAAAGCGCUUGCUGAGGAAGCCCUCCGCCGUCUCGCUUUUCUCCAAGCCCGCGUCGCUGGAGGCGGAGGCGCCCUCCAGUCUGAGCGAGAGCCCCAUGGCGUUCUACGAGCCCACGCUGGACUGCACCCUGCGCCUGGGCCGGGUCUUCCCCCACGUGGUCAACUGGAACAAGUGGGUCCACCUGUAAGGCUCCUGGGCCCCCACCUCCCAUCAGUACCCCCUGGCACUCCUGCUAUGGCUGAGGAGGAGGCCCGCUUUUCUCGGGGGGAGCCCCUUGUCCAGGUGCUCCAUGGCAGGACACACAGGCAGCCUGGCAAGGUCAAGCACAGGGAGCCCACUGCCCUCCACCACCUGCGGUCAGCAGACCCCACCAUGCACCAGGACGUAGGUCUGCACCUCAGCCUCCUGCAGCUGAGACAGGCGCAUCGGGCCAGAGCCUGUCACCUGAAAGUGGCUCCCUAUCCUGGAGCUCCUGGGAGUGGGGAUGCCCUCCACCUGCCUGCUGCCAGGGGUCCUUCCUGGGCUGCCCCUGGGGACAGGGUUUCUUCAGCCCAGGAGCUGGUGCUUCUCGUCCCAGCCGGCUGGGAUGCAGUGGAAGAGCUGAACAGCGCGCUGGGCCCCACGCUCCUCCUCUCUGACUCUGAUUGCUUGGCCUCUUAGCCAUUGUCCAGGUGCUUUCCUGCUCCACGUGGAGCUGCGUACAGUUCUCUGGACCUAAAUGGUCAUGAGUAUGAGAAGCCCUUGAGGGCUUGUCCUCCACGGGCUUCCGGGGUGUAGCUGUGAUCUGGGACAGUGCUGCCUCCCAGGCCCCAGCCUCCUGUGUGGACCUCAGAGCUCUCAUCUGCUGAAGCCCGGGCCCCAGGCUGGCCCAGACCCAGGACCACUCACAUGCAAACUACAGCCGCCCUGGCAGGCCCCCUCCUCGCCGCACUGGUGGGCAUCCCUGCGGGUGAGGAAUCAGGAGUCUCCGUAGUUGUUUGUUCUUUUUUUGUUUUGUUUCAUCCUUUGAUCCUCCUCCCUGAUUUAAGUCCCCUGGCAUGUAUUUAUUUAUUUUGUAAUUAAAGUGGAGUAAAAGACA